AUGGUUGACCAGAGGUAUAAAGGAUUUUAUGCUUAUAACCCCGACCAAGCUGCUGCAAUCGCGUUUGCAGUCUUGUUUGGAAUUUUGACCCUCUCUUCAUGUGUGCAGAUUGUAAAGGUAGCAUGCGUGAGCAAGAAACGCAUUUACGCUUGGAAGUCCGCGGAGUUAUUGGAGGAAAACUCGGCAUUAAGAUACUUUUCUGCUACCAAGUUGAGGUGGACAUACUUCCCUUUCAUUCUAGGGAUUGUUUUAGAAUUCUUAGGUUACGUUCUAAGGGUGGUGACCAUUAACAGACCGGUGAUUUCAACUUUUAUUGCACAAUCGGUGUUUGUAUUGAUAGCACCUUCACUCUAUUCCGCUAGUAUUUUCAUGUUGUUCAGUAGAAUGGUAUAUCUUAUGUUUAUGGAAAGAUAUAUGGUGAUAUCUAUAAAAUAUAGCACGCUUACUUUUCUAGUAGGUGACAUGAUUGGACGUAUUUUACAAGCUACAGGAGGUGGACUGUCAUCCUCAUCGGGCAGCAGGAAUACCGGGCGUAUCUUGGUCAUCGUGGGCCUCUUUAUCCAGAUAUUCUUUUAUGGUGUUUUAAUGUUCAGCCAGAUUUUCUUUCAUUACAAGAUGAAGACAGCGCCCAGUAAAAUUCUUCGAAAUACUAAUGGCUGGUACCAGUUCAAUUAUAUACUUUUAAGUGGGAAUAUCCUUAUCAUUGCCAGAUCCGUCGUUAGAGUAAUAGAAUUCAUAAUGGGCUUACAAAGUUAUAUAAGCCAGCACGAAUGGUGCCUUUACGUUUUCGAUACAGCCCCAAUGUUUCUACUACCUUCGGUAUUCCUGAUCUGUUUCCAUUCAAGGAGUGUUUUCAAAAUGCAGGAAAAGUCAGUUGGCGCUCAAUUACCCCGGAUAUUAGAUACAAAUAUACCUCUAUCUGAAAAUCAAGCGGCAAUAAAUCUAUCAUAUGAAUAA